GUUCCUCUCCCUUUCAAUGGAGAGUGACAUUAUAGAUCAAUAAUGAGGACCAGCCCUCGCAGGCCCUUAAUUCUCAAAAGACGGAAACUGACCCUCCCACAGAACGAUGAAUCCAGUACUUCAGCAAGAGAUGAGAAUAGAGGUCAGGAUGAAAAGGCUCCUAAGCAGGAGCAGAGGCAGGAAGACCAACACAACAGACAACCCAGAGACAAAAGGGACUGUGGCCUGCAGAAAUUCCCAGCGGGAAUAAAGAUAAUUGACCAUCCUACAAUGCCCAACACACAGGUGGUGGCCAUCCCUACAAAUGCUGAUAUCCAGAGCAUCAUAGAGGCAUUGACAGCAAAAGGAAAAGAGUGUGGCAAAAAUGGACCCAACAAGUUCAUUCUCAUUAGCAGUGGGGGCACAUCCCGUUCAGCAGGUCCAGCACCAUCGCAGCAUCUCCCAUCAGAGAAGAAAGCCAGUGCAGCCAUCAAGGCUGCAGAUAGUCAAGAAAGAGAGAAGAAUGUUGCACAGGCACCUGGUCUUGCAGGCACUACAACACUCUGGCAUUCAGGAGUUGAUCCUGUGGUUCGACAGGAACAGGAGACCAACAGCAGUGGUGAGACAAUAAGCUCUGUGUUGGACAACAGCCUCACCAACAUCCAGUGGCUGGGGAAGAUGAGAUCCGAUGGGCUAAAUCCCUCUUCUGUGAAGGAAGACACAGAGAAAGAGAAUCAGAUGCCUCUGCAGGAAAGAGUCAAGACUGAAGAGGAAGCUGCUGCUGCUGCUAUUCCUACUGCUGCUGUGUCCUCCGCGUGGCAGGAUUCAGUGUCAGAACGACCUCCUUACUCCUAUAUGGCCAUGAUCCAGUUUGCCAUCAACAGCACAGAGAAGAAGCGCAUGACCCUGAAGGACAUCUAUACCUGGAUUGAGGAUCAUUUCCCUUAUUUUAAACAUGUAGCUAAGCCAGGUUGGAAGAACUCCAUUCGGCACAACCUGUCCCUUCAUGAUAUGUUUGUCCGUGAGACAUCUGCCAAUGGUAAAAUCUCCUUCUGGACUAUUCACCCCGGUGCAAACCGUUGCCUAACAUUGGACCAGGUAUUUAAGCCGCUGGACUUGGGGUCACCAACAUCGCCUGAGUAUUCUGAAUCACAACAAAAGAGUCGUCUUCCAGACCCUCUGAAGAACAUGGGAAGCAAAACUGAACCCCAGAAUUCACGCCGAAAGAUGAAGCCUUUGCUUCCUCGUGUCAACUCCUACCUGGUUCCAAUCCAGUUUCCUUUGAGUCAGCCUCUUGUCUUGCAACCUUCCAUGAAGGUUCCUCUGUCUGUGGCGCAGGGAGCAUCCCUUAACAGCUCAGAGACUUUGCAGAGCAAUAAGCGUGUGUGCAUUGCUCCAAAGGUGUCACUGUCUGCAGAAGAGUCACCCUCUUUACCCACGGCUGCUGUCAAAGAGGAGGGUCAAUGUGAUGAAGGUUUAUUUUCCCCAACCCAUUCUGUACAGGAGAACAGCUCCCAGCCUGGUGAGAAAUUGUCUUCUUUCCCUGAGGCUGCCUGUAAAAAGGAGGAAGAAGGCUCUCAGCUGGAUCCCUGGCUAUCCCCAUUUGCCUCAACCGUAACGGUCAAGGAAGAGCCAAGCUUGUUCCUCCCAGACUCAUCCACAAAGGAGAGGAAACAGUUCACCACACUGAAGUCCCCAUCUAAGGCAGUUUCUGACUCUUUAGUUAUAAAGAGGAGGGAAAGGCGGGAAGUGGGCAGAUCCAGAAGGAAACAACGCCUAGCACUGCCUUGUUCAGAAGAGCCUGUCCUUGUUUUGCCAGAAAGCAGCAGCUUUGACCCUUUCCAGUUAGGGGCAGACCAUCCCUUCCCCCAGGAAAACCAUCCCCUUGAGAACAUUUCACAGCUCAGCUGCUCACAGGGAGAAGAAGGGGCCUUUAAAACACCAGUCAAGGACGUCUUCAGCAAAUUGCCCAUUUCUUCCACUCCCAGCAAAGCCUCAGCCACUACUACCCCUUCACUAGAGGUCCUUGACCAGUGGAAGUCUGCUUCCUUAGCCAAGGGAAGUCAUGAGCUGGACUUCAGUCCAGUGAAAACUCUUCAGUUGCCAUUCACACCUCUCCAGGACAACCAGGACUUGUUGGGUUUUAACAGCACACCCCUUAAAAAUCCUCUCUUUGAUUCUUCUCAAGAACUGCUCAAUACAGAAUCCGGUGACAUGGUCCAUAUGCCCCUCACGAGCUCUCCAGCUUUAAUUCAUGACACUUCCAAGCAAUCCUCUGCUGAGCUGACAACCUCUGGCUUUACUGAAAACCGGUCACUCAUGGAGGGGCUUAUCCUGGACACCGUGAAUGACUGUAUGAGUCUCAGCAAAAUCCUUCUAGAUAUAAGCUUUCCUGGUCUUGAGGAUGAAAAUUUAGGAACAGACAUUAGUUGGUCUCAGCUCAUACCUGAACUGAAGUGAACUGACCUGAGGACUGAAUUUGACUUAUUCUGAUGUUACAGAAAGCACUCCACGCUCCUGAGA